AUGAAACCUGCUCUGAGAAGACCCAUGACAAGGUCAACAAACAAGCUCAAAAGAUUUGUGCAAAAUCAGAGCGAUAGUGGAGUAGUUGAUCUGAAUGAUAGUGAUGAUGAGGCUCGGAAUAUUGUAAUGGAAAGUUUGGAAGGCAGCGGAGAUGGUGUUGAUGCUGUGGUAGGGAGUGGUGGUACUAAUGCUGGGGGUUCUGGAGGUGUAGGUGCUGAUGCUGGAGAGGAAACUGGAGUUGAUGGUUCUGAUGAUGAAGAGGGUAUCAAUGAUGUUUAUGUAUCUGAUAAUGAAGACAUUUUAUUAUAUGAAUCAUAUAGUGAUGAGGAGGUUAGGAAGAUUGGUCGUGCCAAUCCAAAAUAUAAUGACAAGGUAAGUGGGAAGGAGUUUGAAUUUGAGCUUGGGAUGGAAUUCAACACACUGAAACAGUUCAAGGAUACUAUCAAGACUUAUGUUAAGGAACAUAAGUGCAGAAGGACUCUGGACAACAAACAAGCCAACAGCUCAUGGCUUGCUUUGAGGUUGGUUGAUAAGAUCCGAGGUGAACCUAAAGUCAGUGCUGUAAAUUUGGCUGUAUAUGUUAACGAAAAUCUUUCUUUGGAUAUUUCAAGAACCCAUGCUUACAGAGCAAAGAAGAAAGCCUUAGAAAUCAUAGAUGGUAACCAUCAAGAACAAUAUGGCAAGCUAAGAAGUUAUUUAGCAGAGGUUGUAAGGACCAAUAUAGGCAGUACAUGCAACAUUAUUGUUGAUAGGAACAACCCUGAGGAUCCUGCUAUAUUUAAGAGGGCUUAUAUGUGCUUGGCUCCAUUGAGAGAUGGAUUUCUUGUAGGUUGUAGGCCAUUAAUUGGAUUGGAUGGAUGUUUUCUGAAGACAUCGUAUGGGGGGCAGCUACUUACAGCAAUAUCUCAAGAUGGGGCUAAUGGAAUAUUUCCUAUAGCAUGGGCAGUGGUAGAAAGGGAAAAUGCAGAUUCAUGGAUUUGGUUUCUGAGGAACCUGUUGCAGGACAUUGGAGGUUUCAAUGUAGAGAGGUGGUGCUUCAUUUCUGACAGACAAAAGGGCUUGGUGUGGGCUAUUGAAACACUAUCUACUGAAGCUCAACAAGUAAGAGAACAUAGAUUCUAUGUUAGGCAUAUUUAUGCCAAUUUUAGCAAGAAAUGGCCAGGAGCUCAUUUCAGAAAGCUUGUCUUCGAUUGUGCAAAGGCAACCACAACUCAGAUCUUCCAUGCAAAGAUGCAGAAAAUAAAGGAGUUAGAUGUGGAAGCCUGGCAAUAUUUAGCCAAUAUUCAGCCAAAUCUGUGGACUAAGGUAGGAUUUAGCUCAUAUAGCAAGAAUGAUUCCAUCGUCAACAAUGCAUCAGAAAGUUUCAAUUCCAAGUUACUAUAG